AUGGCGAUUGUGCAAGUGGCUUACCCGCUCCUCUUUCUGCUUUCCUUGUCCUUUUACACUCAACAAACAACCUCCAGCGUGAUAACCACCGGUUCAUCGCUUUCUCUGAGAACCAACCGCACUUCGUGGCAUUCGCUUUCGGGUCUUUUCGCCUUCGGGUUCUAUCCUCAAGGGGAAAAGUACGGCAUUGGAAUAUGGCUUGUUGGUGAGCCUAACAACACUCUCGUGUGGACUGCAAACCGAGAUGACCCAUUGGUCUCCUCAAACGCGACAAUUAUGCUCACUAUGGACGGUGAACUCGUCGUCCGAACCGGUCUGGGAGGUCAGGAGGAAUCCCUUGUCGGCUCUGAAUUGUUGGAGCCUGUUACCUCGGCUUCCAUGCUUGAUUUCAUUAAUUUUGUGCUCUACGGCAACAAUUCUCGUGUGAUCUGGGAGAGCUUCGAUUUCCCGACCGACACCAUACUGGGCGGUCAGAACCUCUCCGAGGGAAAGGAACUGAUUUCGAGCAAAUCAUCACUUGACCGCUCAAGCGGUCGGUUUAGAAUCUUCAUGCAAUAUGAUGGGAAUCUUGUCGCGUGUUCUGUCAACCAUUCGGAUGAUGCCCAGCAGGACGGAUACUGGUCGAGUAAUACUCCCGGGCAAUCCUCACUGCAUCUAAAUCUUGAUUCUCAAGGAACUCUUGCUUUGCGGACCUAUAGUGGCAUUUACGAGAAAAUUCUCGCCAAACAUAGCUCGUUUUCUAGAAAAGGCGGCAGUACCGUUCAUCGCGCAACACUCGAUGACGAUGGGCUAUUCAGGCUCUAUUUACACUGGUUAUUAAAAGGCGACUUCUCAAGCUCAGUAGUGUCCGUUCGGUGGUCCGCACCAGAGAACCAAUGUGAUGUUGUUAAAGGUUUCUGUGGUUAUAACAGUUACUGCAGAGGCAGCAGCGACGGGGCAUGGUGUGAUUGCUUUCCUGGUUUCGCUUUCAUCAAUGAAAGCGAGAGACAUAUGGGUUGCUGGAGGAGCCCCAACUAUGAACAGCACUGUGGUGUGGAAGACGCCAAUAUUACAUCGAGUAUCACCCCAUUGCCGAGGCAAGAUGAAGCUACCUAUCGUCUACGGGAAAGCAACUGGGAACUAUUCCUCCACGGUGUUAGUAAAGAUACUCUUGCGUGUCCGCAGUGCUCAUCCAACGCCACCGGUCCCCACAAAGCCAAAAAUUGUGACAGAGAGAAUACUCUUGUUUUGAUUGUCGGGGUCAGCUUGGGUCCAAUUGCAAUUUUCUGCUCCUUGAUAGCAGCGUUUAGUUUCUUGUUGUAUCGAUACCGAGUUCAUAAGUACGCGAGGCUGUCAACAGAUUCUACUUUGGGUCCAGCACGAGAGUUCACGCUGCAAUCCUUCUCAUAUAAGGAGCUUGAAGAAGCUACCGGUGGGUUCACGGAAGAGAUCCGUAAGGGCCCCCUUGGGGCGGUGUACAAAGGGACAAUGCCCGAUGGCAGCAAGCGUGUAGCGGUAAAGAGAUUAGAGAGAGCCACCGAACGAGGAGAGAAAGAGUUCCAGGCUGAAAUGGCUGCAAUCGGUCAUACUCACCACAAAAAUAUAGUUCAAUUGCUCGGCUUUUGCAUGGAGAGCUCGAAGAAGCUUCUUGUAUUCGAAUAUAUGGAGAACGGAUCACUCGCAGAUCUCCUGUUUGAUGUUGAAAGGCGGCAUCCUUGGAGUGAAAGAGUGAGAAUUGCGUUGGAAGUAGCAAGAGGAAUCCUUUAUUUGCACGAAGAGUGUGAGCUCCAAAUAAUUCAGUGCGACAUCACGACACAAUAUAUCCUCAUGGAUGAAUCUCGGACCGCAAAAAUCUCGGAUUUUGGCCCAGCGAAGCUCUUAAUGCCAAAUCAAACUGGUACCGAAACUGAAGUCAGAGGUACAAGAGGCUAUGUGGCCCUGGAACUGCAGAGGAGCGCCAUGGUAUCCACAAAGGCCGAUAUUUACAGCUACGGAGUUGUGUUGCUGGAAAUAGUGUGCUGCAGGAGCAACAUGGUGGUCGACGUCUCGUCAGCAGAUGAGGUGCGGCUUUGCUCGUGGGUCUACAACUGCUACAUCACUGGAGAGCUUCCCAAGCUCGUAAAAGAUGAACAAGUAGACAUGAAAAGCGUCGAAAGAAUGGUGCAAAUUGGGCUCCUUUGCAUGCAAGAUGAUUCGGAGAUUCGCCCUUCAAUCAAGGAUGUGAUAUUGAUGCUGGAAGGUAUUAUGGAUGUGCCACGCCCGCCAUGCCCAACCCCAUUGUACUGUUCAUCUUAACUUGCAUGAAUCAUCAUAUGAUAACGUCAUUGCACCUCACUCAAAGGACGAUUUUCGACUUUGUUUGUGCUUCUCAGUAACUUGUAGAGCAUCCACAAAUAUUCACUGUGACAGGUCACAUUCAUGAGACUUAGUAAACCAUCUCCAGCUAUGUACUCCUUGCAUCUGUUCUGCUGUCAAGAAUAAACAGGUCAUAUGUCCACGACUAUGUCUCGUUUAUGUAACUUAGCAGGCAUCAUUGUAGCCGAAGCCUCCAUAUCUCUCAUUAGGUAUGAGAGUUUCGUUUCCCUUUUUUCAUGAAGAUACUGUUGUUUUCGGACUCAAGGUCGA